AUGGUUCUCGACCGACUCCAGCAGUUGACCCAUCAGGUCAACGCGACCGCACCGCCGCCGCAUCCUUUCGAUCCUCUCUCUGCUGUUGAGAUCGACGCCGUUGUUGCCCUCGCUCGCAAGGAAUAUGGUUCGCUCAACUUCAACGCGGUUACUCUGUACGAGCCGCGCAAGGCCGAGAUGUUGGCUUGGCUAGCUGAUCCGGAAAAUGCCCCUCGUCCUGCCCGUGCUGCUGAGGUUGUUGUCAUCGCACCGGGUGGAAAAGUGUACGAUGGUGUGGUGAACUUGGACCAGAAGAAGAUCGUCGAGUGGACUCAUACUCCGAAUGUACAGCCUCUUAUCACAAUGGAGGAUCUGCAAGAAGUGGAGCAUAUCGUGCGCAAAGAUUCCAAAGUGAUUGAACAGUGCGGUAUUGUUGGUAUCCCGCCGGAAGAUAUGCACAAGGUGUACUGUGAUCCGUGGACAAUUGGCUAUGAUGAGCGUUUUGGUACUGGUGUCCGGCUGCAGCAGGCUCUCAUGUACUAUCGCCCUCACAUUGACGACUCCCAAUACACCUUCCCGCUGGAUUUCUGCCCCAUCUUCAACGCAGAGACCAAGCAGAUUGUUCACAUCGACGUGCCGCCAGUGCGGAGACCUAUCAGCAAGGCCCCACCGAACAACUAUCACAUCGCUGCCAUCGAGAAGGAAGGGGGCUAUAGAACCGAUAUUAAGCCUAUCCACAUCACCCAGCCCGAUGGCGUGUCUUUCCAGAUCAAGGGCCGCGAGAUAGAAUGGCAGAAUUGGAACAUCCACGUUGGUUUCAACUACCGAGAGGGUAUUGUCCUGAAUAACAUCAGCUUCAAUGACAAGGGCAAUGUCCGUCCCAUCUUCUACCGACUUUCACUCGCAGAGAUGGUCGUGCCAUACGGAAACCCCGAGCACCCUCACCAGCGCAAGCAUGCCUUUGAUUUGGGCGAGUACGGUGGUGGCUACAUGACAAACAGCCUGUCCUUGGGCUGCGACUGUAAGGGUGCUAUUCACUAUAUGGAUGCAGACUUCGUCAACCGCGCCGGUGCUUCCACAACCAUCAAGAACGCCAUCUGCAUCCAUGAAGAAGAUGCCGGCAUUCUCUUCAAGCACACCGACUUCCGCGACGAUUCUACCAUCGUCACUCGAGGCCGUAAGCUGAUCAUCUCGCACAUUUUCACCGCCGCCAACUACGAGUACUGCGUAUACUGGAUCUUCCACCAAGACGGGACUGUCCAACUGGAGGUCAAGCUGACCGGUAUCUUGAACACCUACUCCAUGAACCCAGGCGAGGAUACCAAGGGUUGGGGCACCGAGGUGUACCCUGGCGUCAAUGCACACAACCACCAACACUUGUUCUGUCUGCGUGUAGACCCCAACAUCGACGGACCAGACAACACAGUCUUCCAAGUUGACGCCGUCCGAGGUCCCGGAGAGGUCGGCAGCGCCGAGAACAAAUACGGCAACGCCUUCUACGCUAAGAAGACCAAGUUCACCAAGCCGCUUGAGGCCAUGUCCGACUACGACGGAUCCACAAGCCGCACAUGGGAGAUGUCAAACACCAACAAGCUGAACCCAUACAGCAAGAAGCCAGUCUGCUACAAGCUCGUCAGCCGUGAGGUACCACCGCUCCUCCCCAAAGAGGGCAGUCUCGUCUGGAAGCGUGCUGGUUUCGCUCGCCAUGCAGUGCAUGUCACCAAGUACUCCGACGAAGAGAUCCACCCGGCCGGUCGCCACGUCCCCCAGACUUCUGGUGAGCCCUCGGCCGGCUUGCCUCAGUGGAUCGAAGCUGCCGGGCCUAAUUGCUCGAUUGAUAACACCGACGUCGUAUUAUGGCACACUUUUGGUCUGACGCAUUUCCCUGCACCCGAGGACUAUCCCAUUAUGCCUGCUGAGCCAAUGACUUUGCUGCUGAGGCCGCGCAACUUCUUUGAUCGGAACCCGGCGCUUGAUGUACCGCCGAGCUAUGCUCGUACCCCCUCGCAGAUUGCCGCUGGGGCAAGUUCUUGUGGUUGUAAGAAGACCGACGGAUCGAGUGUGCAGGUUUGA